ACCAUUCGGGCGCCGUUGUUCCGCAGCGCUCCUCUGUUUGUCAAAGCCUCGGCUCCACUGUAUGGCUGGAGUCACCGCUUUAUCAAGCGAACGCUAGGAAAUUCUGAACUGACGGACAAGGCUAAGGCGCGGCCACCGGCAUGCUGCGCAGCGGCUCCCUGCUUCUUCUGAUGUCUGGGUUGGGGCUCUGCCUCGACCUCGAGAACAUCCAGAGGUCAUCACACUUCCCCGGCGGCGCCUCUCCUCAGCAGGGCCAGCAGCACCACUACGGCGCCUCCAAGCGAACCUCUGUUCCUAGGAGGGACCCCCAGGAGCUCCAUGGGCGUGCCCUUGUAGCGCCCUCCCGCAGUAGCAGCAGCCCAGAAGAGAGAUACUACUACCGGCUGCUUUCUAGCCGCAUGGCUCGACUGCUCCCCGCUCUCUUGGGCGAACAGCAGCAGCAGUACGCCCGAGAAGCUCCCGUAGUUGGCGCCUCUCUUUUCGGCGAUGACAGCCGUGAUGCUGGUCGCGCAGCCAGCCACGUGGCGGGUGAGGACGCGACCGGAGAGAAGGAGCAGAAGGAGCAGGGAGGCGAGCAAGAGGCCGACGAAGUGAUGAUGUACCUGCCCAAAAGACGUGUGGUGCACUCCACGGCGGGAAGCCCGAAGAGGAGGAUGCAGGAACCAGCUGAGAUGAACCCGUCGGCGUACGGCGGCAUCCGCAAACGCGUGACUUCCUUAUUCAAGCGGCGCCUGCACGCCGUCAAAGAUGAAAAGCGCAAGCGCUCUACACGGUACCAGCUCCAGGACGCGCCUUUCCGGCGUAAGCCGAUCACGAAGCCGUUCGGGAAGAAGCAAGCCCCUUCGCUCAAGGAUACGUCUUCAAUGACGUCGACCUCUUUCCGGUCGGGACAGCAGGGCUCCGGAAAAGGUUCGCCUGUGCCAGUUGUAGGUGGCAAUGCCACUGUCCGCAAUACUGACGCCAAGACCGGAAGCAAGACUUCUUCAGCUCGACGGGGCAGUGGUGGUAACCAGAAGUACCACAUUAUGAAGCGCAGCAGCUACAGUACAGAUGGCAAGGUUACUGGCGAGCUUCAGGAUAUCUUCAAAGAAGAAGGCGACGACCCCAAAAAACACGAGCAAAAGACGCUGAAGAAAAGGGAGAAUGCAGUGGCUGCAUUAAAAGGGCCCUCGGGAGCGGACGACGCAUCCAGCGCGGUGACUGUUGGCAGUGAUGGUGCUGCAGCAGCGUCCAAAGGUGGUGCCGGGUCUGAGGAAGACAAGUUCAAGAAAUGGCUUCUGGAUGAGUACUACCGCACCAUGGCACUAUCGUUCGCUAGUAUGCGCCGCAAGCGUAUGGCCACGCAUCAGGACACACUAGACCUCCACCAGGUCAAGAACACUGCACUGGCGCCGUCAUCGCCGGUCACUGGCACGGCUGACAACCAGUUCCAGGUAGUCGAAGAUAAACUGCGCAGCAUCGAGGACACCAUGAUUGGUGAAGCCGUGGCACUUGUCCGAGAUGGCGCCAGCGACGACGCCGAACUGCGUGCUAUCAACGCCGGUGUCGCGUCGCGGCUUGACGCCGCCUAUGACUUAGAGAGCGUUCGCCAGUCGCUGGACCACCUUCAGUCCACGCUGGAAGGCAUGCGCCGCCAGGAGCUCCAGGCAGCCUUAGUGGAAGACGAAGAGGAAGGCGAUUCUGCUUCCGUCCUCCGAAGUGAUGGCACAGAUGUCCAAGAGCUGACAGAAGCCUCAUCGUGGGCCCAGCUUACCGACAAGCAGGCCUGCCCCGCGGUGCAGAUGCUAAGCAGCUCUUGCCCAGCCGUGGUGCAGUCUGGCAGCCUUGUUCCUGCAAUGCAGAGGCUUCUUCUCGACACCUGCGAGUGGCAACAGACGUGCUAUGCUUGCGGUCCUUACUACGGCCUCGGAGCUGAAGAUUGCGAGGCCGGUGCUUCUGCGCGGUUCACGCAGCUGCUGAUCAGUCAACUCUUGAUGCGUCGAACCAAGAAUGUCGAAACCGAAGCAGCGUGUUCCGAGUCCUGCGUCGCAGGCUUUCUGCUGAGUCACUGAGCGCAAAAGGACAGCCAUGGCCUACGGCGCUUACAACUUCACAGCGGAGAUCCUUGCAAGAGAAAUUUCGCCACUCGUGAACGGCAGAACCUGAAAA